ACUCAGGCGUUGCCGCGAGUGGACGGGACAGCCAAGGCGUUUCAGGCGAAAGUCGCCUGUUACUAUGAAGAGACAGGGGAACAGAAACUUCUUCAAGCGGUCUGGAAUGGCGAAAUUUAAAAGGAAAUGAGAGGCCCGGCUACCAAUUGCAUCGCAUGCGCGCCGGAAGAGAAAUCCCGCGAGCCGGGCGUCCAUCUCGCCUUUCCGGAGCAAAGUGCUGGCCGCGGCGGGCUUUGGGGUGUGCAAGGGGUGCUCGCCCAGCGCGGACGAGGAAGAUGGCGCCAUUUGUGAGUCCCAGCGCUGUCGGCGGAAGCCAGGCUCCGAGUCUCGAGCAGCGUUGAGGUAAAACGCCUUGGAUUUCCCAUGCCAUUUUAUUCCCAGGAUGAUUUCUACAAACAAUAUUUGAAAAUGAUAACAAAUAUUAUCAUCUUAAGUGUACUUAUUUGUAUUUCUUUAUCUUUCUGGAUUGUGUCCAUGACAGCAAGCACUUAUUAUGGUACUUUACGACCUAUUUCUCCAUGUCGCUGGCUCUUUUCAAUUUUAAUUCCACUGAUGAUUGCUUCACGAGGCUUUAAGAAGAGAAGUCUAGAUCAUGGUGGAGCAAUAGGAGGUUUAUUAGUUGGAUUUAUUCUUACUGUUGCAAAUUACAGCUUUUUCAGUGCCUUGCUCAUGUUUUUCAUUACAUCCUCCAAACUCACCAAGUGGAAAGGAGAAGUAAAAAAGAAAGUAGAUUCUGAAUACAAAGAAGGUGGGCAAAGAAAUUGGGUGCAAGUUUUCUGUAAUGGUGGUGUACCUGCAGAACUGGCUCUACUGUACAUGAUUGAAAAUGGACCAGGUGAAAUUCCAAUCGACUUUUCCAAACAGUAUACUGCAUCCUGGAUGUGCUUGUCACUCCUGGGUGCUUUGGCUUCCUGUGCUGGGGAUACAUGGGCAUCAGAGAUUGGUACUGUCAUGAGUCAUGAACCUCGGUUAAUAACAACCUGGGAAAAAGUUCCAGUAGGUACCAAUGGUGGUGUCACUAUAGUGGGCCUAAUCUCAAGCCUACUUGGGGGCACAUCAGUAGGAGUGGCUUACUUCAUUUCUCAGCUGAUCUUUGUGAAUGAUCUGGAUAUAUCUGCUCCACAGUGGCCAAUUAUUGUGUUUGGUGGAAUGGCUGGCUUACUGGGAUCAGUGAUUGAUUCUUACUUGGGAGCAAUAAUGCAGUAUAGUGGUUUAGACACGCGCACUGGAAUGGUCGUCAACCAUCAGACAGAAGACACAAAGCACAUAUCUGGAAAACCUAUUCUAGAUAACAAUGCAGUGAAUCUUUUCUCUUCUGUAGUUAUUGCCUUGUUGUUGCCUGGUCUAGCAUGGGGGGUUUGGCCAAGAGGAUGAAGUCAAGGUAUUUAUUCUCAUGCACAUAUCCUGAAAAGACAAGCUGAGACUGAAGGAUUCCCUACAAGGCACUUUAUAACUCUGAGCUGGAGAGGUUUUUUUGCAACUUUUAUGAAAGCAGAAAUUUUUAGAUGACUAAGAAUGGACUAUCUACAGCGGCUGCAGUCAUUGCUGGCAGAGUAGACUAAAGAAGCGGUGUUGAUUUGACAUCUGCUUCUCUGUAACAGAAUGCAGUUCUCACCAGAAUUAUGAGUCACUACUUUUGAGUGUUUGAUCUAUACUCAUUCCCUGUAGUCUGCCAAGUAAGGGAGUAAGAGCUGGGAAACUAAGUUUAUUAAUUUGUUCAUAAAACCAAGCAGUGGAGCUCCGAAUUUUGCAGUUGCUGCAUUGUUCUACUAUAGGAGGAUUCUGAAAUCUUGCAUUUCUCUUGCUGGAAGAGGGAAGCAUUUAUAUGUUGGGUAUUUUCUACCUGUGCUUUUAAGACAUGUUUGGGAAGUGACAACGUUUGAGUCUCAGGUGAUUGACUUUCUAACAACAAAACACUUCUGUACAGUAAGAAUAUAUAUUCCUUGUCAAUGUUAGCUUUUGAAUGCAUGUAUGAUGUUUCUUUUGGCCGGAAUAAUACUAAAUUAUUGAUGUAUAAGGAUUAAGAGUGUUUGUUUUGGAGAUGGUUAAUCUCUUUGUAAUUUAUUUGGUUUAUUGGCUAAAAUUUUAUCCUGAUAUAUUGAGCAAAAGGUGUUCUUCACAUUGUUCUGAGUAGUACUUUUUUGUUUGUGUUUUUUACCUAUAGAUAGUGGUAAUAACUAAAGUGAAUCUUCAGAUUAUCAUGAAAUGCAAUUCUUAUUUUGUAUGUUAAAUGGUCACUCUAGAGCUGGGUUUCUGUGCUUUGGGGAAAGGGUUAUUUUUAGCCUUUGCUGUUGUGAUGAACUGUGAUAACAGUUGCAGUUCAGUAACACAGAGUGUAACUCUUUUUACUAUAGGAAACUUGCAUUGAUGACAUCAGUGAGUUUGAUUAUAAGGGCCAAAAAAUACUCAAUACUCAAUAUCAUUUUUAUUCAUGCAGACCCAUUUUCCAAGGUAAAUUUGAGAUUUUACUGUAAUUUCAUGUGUGCUGCAGAGGCAAACACAUGGCAUUUAAUAUUUAAAAAGGAAAAAAACCUUAUACAAUAAAAAGUGUAUACAUGUUAGAUCUGUCAAGUGUAAGUGGAGUAGCUCUCAUGGAAAUCAACUAUUUCCAACACCACAGCCUGCUAUGCAUCUGUGGAGGUAAGUGGGAGGGCAGAUUUUUCAAAAGUUGUCCCUCCCCUUUCUGCUGGCAGAAAUGUCUUCUACCAGGGGAAAUAUGGUUAGGAUCUUUGUUUUAAGAAAGUUAUGGUGCUGUUAAAUACCUAUGCAAUUUGCCUAUAUUAAGCAGUACCUAUAAAUCUAGUGAAGAGUUUCUAUUGAGAAGUAAUGUAGGCAAUAGUACUAUAAUACAAGGCUAAUUGCAAAACAAUUUGUAAAUGUUGGUUAUAAAGAUACUGCCUUGGAAUGCAUUCUUUCCUAUGACAGACGCUGUUUUAUGUUAAGCAUAAUUUGAGGAAACAGUGUUUCUAUAGUAAAGUGUUAACACUGAGUAUGAUAAAUUAAAUAGAGCAUUCUAGGACAACGUGCUAAUUGUACUAAUAUUGCAUAAUUGCCAGUCUGAAAAAGUUAUGGGAUGAUGGUAAAGAGAAAAAAUGAAAAGUGCAUGUAGGUGACAUAUGAUAAGAAGAGUUGAUGGGACGGAAUGAGCUGGCAGAAUGUUGUUCUAUGCAUGUUGCUGGGACAAAGAAACCAUAAGAAAGUGUGAUCAAGUGGUAAAGGGAUGGAAAAGUAGGAUAAACUGAUUGAUAUAUAACAAUAUCUUUAACAAGAGUAAGUAAGAAGGAAUGCAUUUGCUUUGCCUCGGUGCCCUUGCUUUGGGCUAAAUGAGGCUGUAGCUACCUCUGUUGAAAACGUGGGUAAGUUUUUAUCAUCAAGAUGAGGCCUUGUAUAAUUUUGUUAGUGUGUUCAAAUAAAUCUGAUUUUACAAUCAUAUUGAAACUAGUAUUUUUCCUAUUAUAUACAUAAGUCAAUCAAGCACUCUUGCUUACAAAAUUUAUUGUGCUUUUAAGUUAACCUCUGUUCCCCAUAGAUUCUGAGUCAAGCACAGCAUUUCCCACACUGGUUUCUUUGGGGAACAGUUACAAAACUACUUACUUAAGCAGUUCAAAUGUGUACCUUUCCUUUCAGUAUCAACCUCUUAAAAACAGAUUGGUAAACUGUAAGCAACCUCCCAAUCCCUGAAGCCGUUUGGGCUUAGGAAAAAAAAUCCAUUCAUAAUAAGGCAAGAAAUGAGCAGAAAAAAACAUGUGAUACCUUAAAGUGAGCAGUACUUUUGGAGCAUGAAGGGAUGGGGAAAAUGUCACAGCUGAAUUAGCUUUCAGUUGUGUUUACCAGUUGUUCAAAUUGCAAAGGCAGGAGGAAGUUGGGCUCCUUUUAUAGCUUUGCUGUACCAAACAGUCUUGGUUUAAAUAAGUGCUAAGUAGAAAUGGUGAAAGAUUCUACCAUUAAGGAUGCUCAAGGGGGCACUUGAGGUGGGUUUUUCGUCCUAAUCUAAAUCAGACUGAGUUAUUAAACCUAUUUCUAUAUAGGGUUAUCAAGAAACAUUUCUUUAUAAGAAGAGGGGGAAAAGAGAGGGAGAGGUGCUGAAAAAACUAUAUGCAGAUAAACAUAGUUAAUUUAAUAUUGGGAAUUCUUCCAGAUGGGAAGGCUGGGUAGACAUUAAAUAUAAAAAUACUGUAGAGCAGUCAUUGCCUGCUGUAACUUUCAGUUGAAUCAUCUAUGCUCAACCUUAUUUUGCAGGCACCUUCAGCUCUUCAAGAAGUGUGAAGUGGAAAGUAAUAAAUGGCUUCUAGUAGCAUAAAUUGUUGUCAUGAUAGAUGUGUUCAUUUCAUUGACUGUCAUAGGCACUUGGAAGUAUCCAAAGUAGGUGGUACUUCCCUCCAUCCUCUCCUCCAAAUUCAAGAAAUGGAUUUAAAACUAUAAUGUUAAGUAUGGGAAAAGUCAACAUCUUCAUAUGACUUACUACAAGCAACAAGAUUGCCCUUCUCUGGCAGCAGUGCCUUGACAUUGAAGGACUUCUAAAAUGCAAUUUAGUAGACCACUUUCAGACUAGUUUAGUUGAUUUCAUCUCUCUAAUAAAUAAUGGAGGUAGCUUUAAUUAGAGGAGAAAUUAAGAAUCCCUCCCUUGCCUGUGAAAUAAAAGUCUGAAGCAAAUAAAUAAAUAGAUAAAAUUAA